UUGAAUUCACAUUCCGAAAGCCUCGCCUCGCCUUCCCUUCCAUUUUCAUUUCGCCCCAAUUCAAUUCCCCCCAGAAAACCCUAACUCAACUUCCCCAUCCUCGGUGUUUUCCACGUUUCCUUACCUCCAAAUCAAUCGUUAACCGAGGAUUCCUACCGAGAAUUGAACUUGCUCGAACGUAAGAUGUAUGUUUGAAACCUUGAUUUCAGUUAUGGAGUAUGGACGGUGAAAAUGGGAGGCGAUUGAACACAAACGCUAAUGUGUCAGACAACCGAGGUGAGAAGCUUACACCGCCAUUUUCAAUUGUGAAUUCCGAAAGAAGCAGCAUUAGUAGCAAAACGGAAGGGGAGAGAAAGCAAGGAGGGAAUGGAAGCAGCCCAGCAAAGAUCUCAGUCUCUCCUCGCAAUGCGCCUAAUGUGCGCGUUGAGGCCUCCUGCAGGUCUGAGAAGCCCAUCGUCACUGAUUCUCCGGGAUCAUAUGCUCGUGAUCCCUUCGUGCUUACUGAAUCCCCCGCCAUCCAAGUGAUGGAGAGGCCUAAAACCUCCGAUCCCAACACGGUUCCAACUGAUAGUCCAAACCGAUGGAGUGUUGAUUCGAAUGAUUCUUUGUUCAGCAUCCAUAUGGGGAACGACAGCUUCUCCAAGGACCGUUCGUUGAGUAUAAGUGGAGACAUAGGGGAGUUGUCUCUAUCCGAAGCAUAUCUGCCUCGAGCAUCUCCCAAGUCAGGGGAGUUGCAUCAAUCUGCAGAGACAUACACUUCCCCUGCUGCUGCUGCAGCAGCAGCAGCAGCAGCGAAAGCGUUAGAAGAGGCGCGUAAGGUUGCUAAGGAAGAGGCCAAGACUGUUGAAUGUGACCCUCCCGAGGCCUCCAUCAGUAUCCACUCAGACUCAAAUCUGUCGAGGUCUAAUGACACCGAUCCUCCCCACGAGGACGACAAGGGGGGUCGCAACGAGACCUUCGUUCCUCCAUCGACGAGCGCGUCGGGAUGUCCAAUGGGUCAAUGUUUGUGCUGUGGUAGGAUGUCUAGCUGCUGCAGGUUGCCUAGUUGCAGUUGCUGCCAUUGGUUUCGUUGGCCGAGCUGUUCAAGUUUCUGCAUAAGCUGCCCUAGCUGCUGCAGUAAGUGCCGUGGCUCCACUUCAUUAUGUUCUUGUUGCUGCUACAGUUGGAACCGUGAAACAAAGAGAGUCCGUUCUGUUACUUCUUAUGCCUUGAUGGAUAGGAGUGUAGCUAGUUCCAGCAAACAUAAAGUUUAGCCAUGAAAUUGUUUCAAGGAGUUGUUGGUGACACCAUUGAUAAAAGUGGGAGCUCUGAAUGGCCUAUCCUCUACACAAUGUUCACAAUAUACUAGUUAUUGUACGUGUUCAAUUAUUCAUUGAUGAUGAGAAGAUAUUAUUUGAUGGCUGCUCUUUAAUUCGUAUACUCUUGUAGAAUUAUUCACCAUUCUUUUGCAAAAAUUGAAUAUCUUAAUUUGGAUAGGCAUACGACUUGACUCUGUUCUAGUUAUAUUAUUUAUUUGGAUUUUGGUUUAAUUUCUAUUAA